AUGGAUGAGGCCGAGGUAAAGAAAUGGAUGGCAAUCAAGGAACUUCAAGACAGAAAUAGGUGCAUCAAAUGCAAGAGACCACUUGAUGAAUUUGUCGUGUGUGAAAGAUGUCUGGAGUUUAAAUACUGCUCUAUACAAUGCCUAGAAGAUAAUCGCAACGACCAUUUGAGGUUCUGUAACGUUAUUGGGCUUUUAAAAGGCCGACUCACAAGGCUGACUGAUGAAGAAGGCGAACGUAUGGAAAAGCUGCAAGAAAAAGCCAGGCUUUUAAACGAAGACGGAACAUUACGAAUUCCACCGAAGGAGGUUUUAAAAGAGGGUGGAAACAGCAGUGAGAAAGAUGGCAAUGAUAAAAUGCAAGCAGAUGCUGAGAAAAUCAAGCCAAGAAAAAAUAAACACAGCAAAACUGAGCAGAAAGAAAAGGCAAGUGAGGACAAGCCAGUAAAGCCAUUGAUUACUAGUGGACAGUUUGGUGGAGCUGCGAAAGUUGGUCAGAAAAUACAGUCUGGUGAGAGUUUUGGAGAAGGUUGGUGGAGUCAGAGAAAAACUGAACCCAGAACAGAUGAAACUGCAACGGAUCCUAACAGUACUAGCUCAGGAGACAAACCAAAAAAUAUUAAAGAAGAAUACGAUGCACCAUAUCUGCCUACUGCAGCUUCUGCAGAGGUGAUUUUAGAGAAGGCGGUAUCCGGAUUGGAGAUUGUAAAGUAUGAUCCCAAACAGGCAGGAGAACGUUCAGACAGGGCUAAGAGUUCUUUAACCUUGGGAAAAUGUUCAUUCUGUGGCAUCGAAGGUCCAGUGCUCAAAUGUUCGCGGUGCAAGAUAGCAAAUUACUGUGACAAGAACUGCCAGAAAGCUGACUACAAGAAACAUAGCAACAUAUGCAAUAUGGUGCUUGGCUCAAGAUGCCAUGUGAUGGUGGAGAUUAUAGAUGAGCACCCACACCCUUUCAGAUUUGGGGCCAUCGUCAAGGAUGCAAUGGGCCAGACUACACAAGUUCUGUUUUACACCGAUACCCCAUAUUACAAUCACAGGAUGGGGGGCAUGUUUGGUUGGUCUGUGCCUAUUCCUUUGUCUCGAUGCAUCAAACCAGGCAACUUCCUUCUCAUCCUGGAGGCUCACUGGCACCACUUCCUUGAUGGCACCCGUGGCAUCCGUGUUGACGACACAGACGAGGUCUUUUUUGUUUUCAUGGACAAAGAAGUGUGA